AUUACAACUAUGGCAAAUAUCCCCCCUAUGAGGCAAUCUAUGGAGGAGGUUUAUGUUCAGAAGUGAUCUCCGUUACUUUUUUUUUCAUUUUUAGUUUACUUUUGCUGCACUACCUCCCACAAGUUUAUCUCUGUAUAGCCUAAUGGUUGACUGGGAGAGAAUGCCUCAAGGCGUUAAGUCCGCCAUAUGUACGAUUUUUCUUUUGUGCAUAAAUAAAUAAAAAACUUUUAUAGGCUGUAACGGUAACUGUAAUAUGUAGUAUUCCCGUAAUUAUAAGAAAUCGUUGAAGUAAACAUGAUCUGAAAAGGUGAUGUCAGGGUUAACACGUUCAUGCGAACAACGUAUAUGUACGUCACAUAUUUGUAGAUAUGAUAUGGACAACGUAUUAUUACGUUCAGCAAUAACUCGAUUUAUUGAGCAUAACGUUAUGGUACGGUGUCUGGCCAUACUAAUGUUUUAAAGUUGGGUUACUGUGCCACAACAUAUCGAAUUCUCAAAAUUGUAGUGCCACAUCGAACCAAUUUUUUUUGGCUUCUUACAUGGCGUUCCUCCCUGAUACUAAGUACCCACUUUGUUAGCGCACAACGUCACUAUACGUCGUUUCGCAAAAGAAGUUUCACGUCAGUCGACUUGUGCGCGUCGCGGGGCUAGUGCGUGCGCCAAUUUUAUGUUCACAUGGAAUAUUGACGCUAAACGUUAUCUUACUACGAUAUAUAUAUUAUAUAAAUAUAUUUUACUUUAUUGUAAUAAGUCUGAAUAUGUUCAAAAUACAUAUUUUGUAUUUUUUUGUUUGUUUUAGAUAUAUAAAAUGAGUCAAAAAAAGGAAUCUUCAAUGAAAAUCUAUGAGCUUUCUUUAUCCCGGGAAACCACGCCAGUCCCUUUUGUUAACGAUGGAGAGUUUGGAUCAGAUGCCGAUUACGGCCCAAUUGGUGAUAAUGAUGACGACAGCUCCAGUGACAUUGGCAUUUCACAGUUUGAGCGGGGCAAACAGCGCAAAAAGUCAUUAUUGCAUGUCAAAAAGAGUACUUGUUCCAAUUUACGAUCUGCUUCUGAUGUUAGAUCUACAUCGGAUUCCGCAUCAGAAAAUUCUUAUAGCACCACAGACGAUUCAGAGUAUUCUAGUUAUGAAAGCAUUUUUGACUCUCAUAAACGAAAAUGUAGUGACGUCUUAGGACGUCAGCGCAAUAUAUUUCAAUACUAAUAUUAUCAGUUAUUGCACAGCGUCAUUAGACGUCGCUUUAGUUUGUAUGAAAAAAUUAUGUGCAAUAUCACAUAGAGCUACUAUAUUGAAGUGUGUGCAUGAACGUGUUAAAAACCAACCACUAUCCCAUUUCGUUCCGUGGGUGUCGUAAGUAAACACUAGAAGGUAGAACACCCUUUCUUACGUGGUAGAGCCACGCUGCAGCUAUAUUAUGUUUGCAGCACGAAUGGGUCGGCUCGACCGGGAAAGUACCACGCUCUCAAAGAAUACCAAUAUAAUACCAAUAAAAUAGCAGCUUAACGCUGCUGUGUUUCGUAUGGCGAGUGUAGAGAAUCGGAGACCCUUUUUACUGGAAACGAGGCAUUCCAUCUUGGUCCUUAAGGGUGACAACGCAUCUGCAUUUUGAUUCUUAAUCGAGAAUAAAUGUAGACUAUGUCUUUUUUUUUUAUGGGAUAAGGGUGACAAACGAGCACACAGUCCACCUGAUGGUAAGUGGUUGCUGCGGCCCAUUAAUUUUUUUUUUAAUUUUUAAUUAAUUGUCUCGUUUGUCACCCCUAUUAUUUAAAAAAAUAUUCCUGAUCUCAGGUUCAACUCCCGUAUGUAGCUUUCGAAGAGUGCCAAGCUUCUCUAAGGAAGACAAGGCUGACCGCACGGUACAACUUACAUUCGUCCCAUCUCUGCGCCGGCGGUGAGGAAGGUGUCGAUACUUGCAAAGGGGACGGUGGAUCGUCUCUUGUGUGUCCUAUAUUGGAGGACGGUGAGUUCACAAGGUUUGCUGUUUAUGGAAUGGUGGCGUUCGGGGUCGGUUGUGGUAAUCCGAUUCCUGCAGUCUACGUGAACAUUCCUCACCUGUACCGUUGGAUUGGAGCGAAGAUGAGAGACGAAAACUUCGACCGUUCUUCUUAUAGAUAUUAAAAUACCUUUCUUGAAGAUAAAAGUGAAUGCAGUACUAGUUAAUGAAUAUCUCAUAUAUGUGUUUUUGUGGAAUCAAACCUUUUUAGGGUUCCGUACCCAAAGAGUAACCAACCGGACCCUAUUACUAAGCUUCCGCUGUACGUCCGUCCGUCUGUCCUGUCCUGUCAGCGGGCUGUAUAUCAUGAUCCGUAAUAGGUAGACAGAUGAAAGUUUCACAGAAUAUGUAUUUCUGUUGCGACUAAUACAACAAAUAAUAAAAAUUUAAAUUAAUUAAAAAUUAUAAGGGUCUCACCUACUAGAAUCGUGUAUUACAAUGGUACGGAACCCUUCAUGUGUGAGUCCGACUCGCUCUUGGCCGGUUUUUGUUGUUGCAUAUCAAAGAGAUUUAAAUAUAUAGGUUGCAUAUAAACUUAUUUCUCUGUUUUCUCUCUAGAUAAUGGCACUAGAACAAAUAUUUUUUUACGAUAAAAUCUACAUCUGUCACUGCCAUGUUGAUUUUAUCAUAAAUUAGUUAUUUUAAAAAUUUGAAACUUACUUAAAUUAAAAAAAAAAAACAGAGGCAGCCAUAAGGACUGUCGACAGAAGUGAAAACUCAAAUGUACACAGACGGCUAUACCACAUGAGUAAAGAAACCGUACCGUACAGAGGCAAAGCUUCAUACAACCGCGCUAUGAUAAUUACACUACUACAAGCUUGAGGCGCGAGUGUGCGUGAGCACUGGCGGCUCGUCACGUACAGAGAGAAACUGAUUUCAACCGGCUCAGCCAGUGCUCAAACUCAAGGUUGUGCAAAGAAAAAUAAGUGUCAAGUUUUAUUUUUAAAGAACUGUUCCUGUCACAUGAAAUAUAAAAAGGUGUUAUUAUGGUUUACUUGUACUGUUUGUAUGAACAAUAAUAU